AUGUACACCCAAGUCAUGCAACAUAUUUGGGAUGUAAUUAAAAAUAUAUUAGUCCCAGCUUGGGUUAACUCAGUACCUCGUAAUUUUGGCAAGGCUGCUGCUGGAUCUUUGAAGGCAGAUAAAUGGCAUACUAUAAUCACAAUUUACCUCCUGAUUGCCCUGGUUACUAACAACAACAUGUUCCCGGGUGGAAGCAUAUCACAGACAUAUGGCAUUCAAUUCCCCACCAAUCACAAGUUUGGUGUCCUCGAGUCCACCCUAUUACACACAUUCAACAGAGCUAGUAAACUCAAGCUAUGGGUUGUACAGACCAACUGCCCUCCAGCAAUCAAAGAAGCAAAGAGAUUACUGGAUAAAUGGUAUAGAUCACCCGGUACGAGGGUCAAUGGGCAGGAAUUUCAGACUUUGGGUAGUGAACUAGGCCUUGAAAACCACAAGACCGCCGGCAUGCCCAUGCCCCUUGACCUGAGACAUCUACUGUGA